AUGAAUACCAUCCUUGUACUGGUACUUGUGACUGGUAUAGUCUGUGCAAUAUUUGAUGUCCUACUUAAUCUCAAUUUAGUAUGGAUAAUUGUUUUGAAAAAAUCCCAGCGGAAACCUGAAAUGCGAUUAUUUUAUUAUCGAUUCGUUCUGGACGUUUGUUUUGGUCUGUCGUUGUUGUCAUACAUCAGUUUCCUUUUAUUUUAUUCUGAGAAUUCAUUGUUUAUGGUCGAACAUCGCAGCUUUUUAAUUUUUUUGGGCCUUCCUUGGUAUAUUGUCGGAUCAUGCCGUUCUAUAAUCGCACUUUCAAUUGCACUAGAACGAGCCACUGCAGUGUACUUUCCAAUUUUAUACAGAACUAGUGCUCAGAAUGUUCCGAAAUUUUUAAUUUUCCAAGUUGCCCUGGUAUAUGGCUCUUUCGAUUAUAUAGUUCUAUUUGUAUUUUGUGACUGCAAAACAAAUUUAAUUCCUGAAAACUGCAAGAAUUUCGGUUGUGCAGUUAACAAAUGUUUCUCCAACUAUUUCAGAAUUCAAAGAAGUACUGUAUUUUCCAUCAACGUAUUUGUAUCUAUACUUCUCUUUGUCAAUUUAUUCCUACGAAAUCGGAAAUACUUAAAGAAACAUCCAAUCAAUAACAAACCUACAAAAGCAAAUCGUCUGGCAUUACUGGACACUUGUACAGUGUUUUUAUUUGAUUUUCUUCCGGUCUUUUGCGGCGGGAUGUGGCCUAACAUUUUUUCAAUUGAAGUUCUGGGUCCUUUUACAGCGGUAAUGAAAACCAUCGGAUGUGCCAUAGAAUCAACAGUCGUCUCAAGUCUCUUGUAUUUUGGAAAGCCAAAAAGUGCAAAAAUGAAAAGUUCGGUCGCGGUUGGGCAAUUUAAAAUUUCCAGAUAGCUUUUGAAUUUUUCGAUUUUUUAUAAAAUAAAACAUAUAUUUGUA